AUGAAGAUCGCAGGGGUUGGUUAAACAUAUCAUUAUGUACGGCGCAAACUCAGGGGAUGGUCCAAUGGCGUUACGUAUGUAAUGAAGGGUUGGUAUAUAAUAGGGGUUGAAGGCGUGGUUAAAUCAUGAUUAGAUAUUGUGAAACACAGUAGCCUGUGUACUACACAGUUGUCAAAACAUCGGGAUAUAUUGUUAGUCUCUUACAUAGGCUUAUAUAUAUCACUGUCACACGGCAGUUUCCUAGAUUUACAAUUAGACUUAAGUCAAGCAGUGUGGACAGUUCCGUAUUAUUGGCAUGCUUACGAUUAACGGGAAAUUUAAUGAAACUUAAUAAUUUCGCGUAAAUUUAUGUAAUUCUUCUAGUCAUUAAACUGCUUUUGUAAAGCGUAAUUAAAUGACAUUUUAAAAUAGGUUCAUUUCGAGUUGUCUUAGGAACACGUAAUAAAAAUUAAAAAAUCCGGGAAAAGUACUGCUAUGUCCAGUUUUGUGCAUGGUCUAGGAGCUGGAAAUGGGGAUCAACCCUUGUGGGAACUACCAGCUGCAACCACCAAUACACCGGCUACGACGUUAGGAACGACGGACAUUGGCGUACCCAGUUAUGGGGAUCUGACCUCUUACUCAUCUCUGUGGGACCAACACCACGGACCCGGAACCGCCCUGGGUUAUCACGGAACACACCCCGAGCUGCUUGGUUUCGCUAGCGAGUUGUGGUCCACAGCGCCCCACAGCAACAACGGCCACACCAGAGCCCAGUGCAUGAUUCAGCAAAGGUUUGGUCCCAGAACAGGAGGCACAGCGCAGAAUGGAAGCGGCAGUCAUAAGAAACCACGACGCCGGGUAGCAACAAUGGCCCAGCGGCGGGCUGCCAAUAUUCGCGAGCGUCGUCGUAUGUUUAAUUUGAACGAAGCGUUUGAUAAACUUCGUCGCAAAGUGCCGACUUUCGCCUACGAAAAACGUUUAUCUCGUAUUGAGACUCUGAGGUUGGCCAUUACGUAUAUAUCCUUUAUGAGCGAAUUACUGACAGGUGGUGGGAAAACUGGGGUUGUAGACGCCGUGCGUGGACCAUCUCCUCUUUUUCCCAUCACAGCUCAACGAGAUUAUAUUCCUUAUUCAUUAGUACAAAACUAAAAUGUGUAUAGUUGUAUUAAUUUGCCAUAAAAGGCGUAUUAAGAGAUAGUAUCAUGUAUGACUGGUAUCUAAGCUGCUGGCUCACAUUCACAAUUCAAAUUUACAGUACAAAACGGAUUAGCUCUUUUUAGAUACCUGUACGAAAUAAAUAAGAAUAUAAUAAUUUAUGUAAAGUUUUGAUAGAUUCGUGUUUAAAAACGACAUACAUAACAUUACUUUUGUGUCAAAACGCCAGGCAUGGUUUUACAAAUCAAACUGCAACAAAAACAUUUUCACAUUUUUCGAUGCUACUACUGUGUUUCUUAAAAUUAAAUAAUCUUGGGCAAGAUCUGUUAUAAGAUUCUUAUAAAUCUGCAGUAAGUUACCUGAAAAGUUCUGCAACAGUCAUACCAUGGCAUAUAUGCCACCUAACAUAAUGGGCCUAAGUGCUUGUAUUCCUAAGAAAUACAAACUUUAAUCAACAACUAUGUAGGAUCAAACAUCUGCAGAAGAGUGAUUGAUCUAACAAACUGAGAAACUUUUCAAGUUAUUAAACAAUAUAUCAGGUAACUAGA